AUCCAUUUUCUUGGGCGCUUAUCCUCACAAGGGUUGCGGGGAGAUCAUGCAAACUGCUCACAGGCGGGUCCAGGAUUUGAACCCCUGUCCUCAGAACUCGACGUUCUGUGGGAGCCGGCGGUUGCAUGGCUGUGACGUCACAGCCCCAGAAGAACGCGGAGGUGUCAACCGAACUGAGGAGCAGCACAACUCGGAAGCUAUUUCGACGCCACUAAACAUUCAACCAAACGCCUCCCAACCUCACCGAUUAAGUUUUUUUUUUUUCCCCCAUUCUAAAGGUAAUGUUGGACAUGAUACUGGUUAAAGUGCUUCUCACGCUUUGCUGCCUUCUCCACACCACAGCUGCAUUUGGAAGACCCUUGAACAAAUACAUUGGCCAUUAUGAGGGUUUGUCCUAUGACACCGACGCUCUGCACAAGAGCCACCAAAGAGCCAAGAGGGCGCUCAAUCCUCACAACGAAAUCCUGCACCUGAACUUCUUUUCUCACGACAGGCAUUUCAAGCUGCGCAUGAAGAGGGACACGUCGCUGUUUUCUCCAGAUCUCGUCAUAGAGACGUCAGGAAAAGAGGAACCGAUUGACCUGUCGCAUAUCUACAGCGGCGAACUCUUCGGAGAAGAAGGAACAGUCAGCCACGGAUCUGUCAUCAACGGGCGUUUCGAGGGCUUCAUCAAAACUCGGCAGGGAACGUACUAUGUUGAACCCUCAGAAAGGUACUUCAAGGAGAAGAAUCCCUCCUUUCACUCCAUCAUCUAUCAUGAGGAUGACGUCACUUAUCCUCACAAGUAUGGCUCCGAUGAUGGAGGCUGUGCAAAUCACAGCGUGUUUGAAAGGAUGAGGAUGUACCAGGCAUCUGCGGUAGACGCGCCUGUCAAAAGAGUGGCAAGUGAACUGUUGGAUGAGCGACUCCAAGGUCCAGUCAUUUUAAGAAAGAAGAGGGCAGCGGCGCAGGAAAAAAAUACCUGCCAGCUCUAUAUUCAGGCCGACUAUUUAUUUUACAAGUUCUACGGCAGUCGAGAAGCCGUCGUCGCGCAGAUCUCCAGCCACGUUCAGGCAAUUAACUCCAUUUACCGGAUCACAGACUUUAAUGGCAUCCGAAAUAUCGGCUUCAUGGUCAAAAGGAUCAGGAUAAACACAACAAAUGAAGCCAUCAACAAUCCUUUUUAUCCCACCAACAUCGGCGUGGAGCGGUUUUUGGAGAUCAACUCAGAACAGAACCACGACGACUACUGCCUCGCGUACGUCUUCACCGACAGGGACUUUGCCGACGGCGUCCUCGGCUUGGCUUGGGUCGCCGCGCCCUCAGGAACCUCAGGAGGCAUCUGCGAGAAAUUCAGACCGUACUCUGACGGGAAGUCGAAGUCCCUGAACACUGGCAUCAUCACUGUGCAGAACUACGCCUCGCACGUCCCUCAGAAGGUGUCGCACAUCACCUUCGCCCAUGAGGUCGGACACAACUUCGGCUCGCCCCAUGAUUCUGGGCUCCAGUGCACCCCCGGAGAGUCUUCCAAUCAGGCCCAAAAGGAAAUGGGCAAUUACAUCAUGUAUGCGCGGGCCACCUCGGGAGACAAAAGAAACAAUAACAAGUUUUCCACAUGCAGCAUCGGCAAUAUGAGUGCUGUUCUGGCAAAGAAAAAGGAUAGCUGCUUUGUUGUGUCUGGACUGCCCAUCUGCGGCAACGGACUUGUGGAGGAGGGAGAAGAAUGCGACUGCGGCUACAGCGACGAGUGCACGGACGUCUGCUGCUAUAACGCCAAUGAAGAGGAGGGAAAAAGGUGUAAACUCCAACCUGGAAAGAUCUGCAGUCCAAGUCAAGGGCCGUGCUGCACCGAGACGUGCGCUUUCAAGGGCACACUCGAGAAGUGCAGGAGGGAAUCGGAGUGUGCCCGGGAGGGGAUGUGCAGCGGAACCGCUGCCGGGUGUCCUGCUUCGCAGCCAAAGGAAAACCUGACCUCUUGCAAUGAGGACACGCAAGUUUGUAUCAGUGGGGUCUGUUCAGGUUCCAUUUGUGAGAAGUACAAUCUGGAGGAAUGUACAUGUGCCAGUGAGGACGGAAAGGAUGAUGCGGGUGAACUCUGUCAUGUGUGCUGCAUGGAAAGAAUGAACCCGAGCACCUGCAGAAGCUCAGGCUCGGAGAAAUGGGCCCAGUUCUUCAACAGAAAUGUUAAAAGUCUGCAGCCGGGCUCGCCGUGCAACGACUUCAAGGGGUACUGCGACGUGUUCAUGAGGUGUCGCCUGGUGGAUGCAGACGGGCCCCUGUCCAGGCUAAAGAAAGCCAUAUUCAGUGGGGAAAUCUACGAGACCAUCGCGGAAUGGAUAGUGGAUCACUGGUGGGCCGUGGUUUUGAUGGGCAUCACGCUUAUUUUACUGAUGGCCGGUUUCAUCAAAGUCUGCAGCAUCCACACCCCGAGCAGCAACCCCAAACUGCCUCCUCCAAAGCCGCUGCCAGGAAGGAAGAGCCACGCCGGCGUCCAGUCGCGCCAAUAUCACCACCGCAGGCAGGACUACCAAAUGGCUCAGAUGAGACCCUGAGAUCUUUGCCGUCGGCCUUUCGCUCUUUUCCUGUGCCAACACUGGAAGCACUUGACUCCCAAAGAGUUCCUGUACCUUUUAUUGUGUUUAGUUCUGAAUUUAUUCUUAACAGGUGCAACUGAAUUCAGGCCACCGAAGCGACGCAAGCCCGAACAAGCUCGCUCAAGGCCCGUGUGCUGUGAUCGCUGUUAUAUGGACGAAAUUUUCACCGAUCUUCUACGUGCUCUUAAUGUGACUUUUUUUUUUUUUUUCAACCAGCGAGAAAAAAGACAGAGGAGGAAGCUUUCAGGACUGCAAGUGAAAAGUGACAUUUUACUGCCAAGCAACGCUUUUUUUUGCGUGCUUCUAAAUGAGAGCUUUUCUAACGACACCUUUUAUAUUGUUUCCACACGACUGCACGACGUUUGCCGUUUAUCUUUCUUUCUACACUCACCUCCAGGGAACUUCGAUCAUCCACGAGUGGUGAUGGAGUCGUCGUGCAGACAUAUUUAGUGACCACACGGCCAAAUGACAAUGGCACAGAUCAUGAAUGCGCGACCCCCACGCCACCUCCACCCGUGGCCCAAUAAAGUGUUUACGCCCAGAGGUGCAGACAGCCCCCUUUUGGCUAAAUACGCCAGCUGUGUUUGUCCACGAGAUUCUGGCAAUUGUUUAACCCCGACCCCCUUUGUGCUCGUCAGGAAAAUCGAACCCGGAGAUGAAUACCUCAUCUUUUCCCCCCCAGUUGACAUUCAUGUCUGACCCAUUGAUUCCUCCAAAGUGAUAUCAACCAAAGUUUUGCAUUCUUUUGCGAUGUUUUCCAGGUUUUCACAGCUCCUUUCAAGCUUCUGUUUCGGCCGGUUGAUCUCUUGAAUUUAGAAAUGUAACGACACUGAAUGUUUGAGGUACUUCCUGUUGUUUUACAACGCAACUAAAUCGCCAUUUUAAUUUUGUAAGCAAAAGACUCGGAGCUGUACGAAGCGUGUCACAUUUCUACACACGGCGAAAACCUUUGCACGAUAUCAUCUUCAUCCAAGUGUUCCAGUGAGGUCAUUUAUUUACACAUUUUGUUUGUCGCUGCCAUUGGGGAUGAGCUUUUGUGGGGUUCUUCGUUGGUUUUCGCCACGUUCUUCAGUCGGCGGACUGUAGGCAUCGAAACUGGGAACUGAUGUUUGAAUUUGAACCAUUCUGGCGAGAACUGAAAUGUUAGUCCCGAUGUGACAAGUCUGAGCGCUCCCGAAGCUAAAAAAUCUCCCUUGUUAAUACGCAUUUGCGUAUAAUUUGUAAACUUCCGGUCAGUCUGAAACAUCCCCAUCCAUGCUUCUUCAACGUGUGCCAUUCGACAACUUGUCGCCGAGUGUUCAUGUUCACUGUGGACGUCUCUGAAAGAUGAACACACCAAAAACUUUUGUUUUAAGUUUAGGUUAGGAUAUAACGUAUGUUAGCUCCCUGUAAGUAGAAGAAGGGGAACUAUGAGACCGCGGGAUUUCCCAGUCAGCGUCAGCUACGUACCCAGAGUUCCCCUGUUAGUAACGCGUGCGCAUUGAUCACAAGGAGACUUUUCAGCAUGGGGGAGCGCUCAGACCGUCACACCGGUUCCAACCGGAUUUUGGGUUCUCGAUGCACAAACCUAUUUUUUGAGCUUUUUAUUUUGUCAAAGAUGCUCUGCCUGAUUUUGACAAUGUAAUACAUUCUUCAAAACAUUAUCACUGCGCAAUAGUGGCAAGCGAUUCCAAAUGUCAACUUUUUGUUCCAACGUAAAAAGCAGCUGAGUGCAAUUUUGCGACGCCAUGACAACGUGACUGCUUCCAUGCGUGCAUCCUUUCAGGCAGCCUUGUUCCGUCUCCCCGCAUUGCAGUCAGGUUCUAAAAAUGUGCCUGCAUUUGUUUUAUAAUAUGCGUUGCAGGAAAUGCACUACACAAAUUGGCUUCUGGCAGGGCAAAAAGAAAAAAAUAUAUAUUUUUUUUAGUCCAGUUUGUCACAGUGCUGCAAUUUGUGUGAGGUGAGCAGUACUUGAGUAAUUUUAAUGUUUUAUGCAAAAAGGACUCCAGUGCUCCAAUGCCUUUGUAAAGUUGCUUUUAUUAAUAUUAUUGGCACAAAUUUAGCGUAAAUGAGAACGUUUAAGCGGCACGGUGGAUCAGCUGGAAAAGCGUUGGCUUCACUGAGGUCCCGGGUUCAAUCCAGGACCCGCCUGUGUGGAGUUUGCAUGUUCUCCCCGUGCCUGCGUGGGUUUCCUCCCAGUUUCCUCCCGUAACCCAAAAAAUGCAACAUUAAUUGAAAUUGCCCCUAGGUGUGAUUGUGACUGCGACUGUUGUCUGUCUCUUAUGUGGUCUGCGAUUGGCUGGUGACCAGUUCAGGGUGUGCCCCGCCAUCUGCCCGUUGACAGCUGGGAUAGGCUCCAGCACUCCCCGUGCCCCUCGUGAGGAUAAGCGGCAAAGAAAAUGGAUGGAUUGAUAAAGCUGUGCAUGUUCGUAACACUGGAGUUUGUCAGGUAAACAAUUGCAGCACUACUUGCCGGAUUUUAAUGUCCUUUUGUUUUUCUGUACUGCAACUUGAAUGGUCUUUUUGUUAUGUUCUGUUUUUCUCUGAGAUCCCUUUGACGACUUGAAAUUCAUUAACUCACUGGGCUCUGCUGUUCUAUGUUCACAUUGUGUCCUUUUAUUAAUAUUUUAGACGAGGUAAUGCAAAUGUAAUAGAAUUUUGCAAGAGUGAAGAUUUACGCAAUUGAACUGAACUGGUUUCGUUCUGGACUCUUAUAUUUGUUUCCCCCACCAAUGUAAUUUGUCAAUUUUUAGCGAGGGUCCAAUUUCAUCUAAUCUCAGUUUCUGAAAGAGACGUUCAAUGGUUUACAGCAGUCACCUUUUAUACAAGUACCACAUAAUAAAUGCUCUCCAUGUACCAUCACAAUGACCAAAAUAAAAAUAUAGUGUGCUCGGCCCAAGUGUCCAUUAAAAAAAGGGCUUAAUAUAAACAUGUGUUGA